UCUCAGUAGUGGCUCAGCCAAUGAAAGGCCACGAUGCGUUGUUUUAUACAUGAUGGAAGAAACAGUGAAAGGGAUUGGAAGAAAUUUGACGCCGGGGUUGGGAAAAGACCAAUGAAAAGUGUUGAUACGUAGCUCAUGCUCGAUGGAAGUAACGGUGAAAAGGAUUGGAGGAAAGUCGACGCCGGGAAUGGGAAGGUAAUUUGAAGCUGAAGCAGAAAAGGGCGUGUCCUCAUCAGCACCUCAGCCAAUGAAAGGUGACGAUACGUAGUUUGUGCUCGAAGGUGAAAGGGAUUGGAGGAAAGUCGACGCCAGGGCGUGGCGUCAUAGCGACUCAGCCAAUGAGGGGGCGACGAUUCUGAGGUAAACAGUGAGGGAGAAGGGGCCAUCAUUUAACUUCCGGCGGUUGAGAAGGAAGGGCGCCAUGGGCGUGCUGAGCGAGUUGAGUCGCGGCCUAGUCCGAGGCGCGGACCGAAUGGCGGCCUGGACGAGCAAGCGAGGCCCGAGGACUUUCUACAAGAGCCGCGGGGCGAAGGUGCUGGGCUACCAGACGGUCGGGGGAAAGUUCCGGCUGGUCCCGGAGCAAGUCCCGCGGCUGGUGGUGCCGGAUCUCACCGGAUUUAAGCUCAAGGCCUACGUGUCUUACAAAGCGCCGCCCGGGAGCGAGCCUCCCCUCACGGCCCGGGCCUUGUUCCAACGCACCGCCGCGGCCCAGAUCGAGAAGGACCUGAAGGAAGGCGCCUUCGACCCGGAAAAGCUGGAGAAGUACGGCUUCGAGCCCAGCCAGGAAGGGAAACUCUUCCAGCUCUUCCCCAAGAACUUCGUCCGGUAGGAAAGGCCGAGGAUUGGAUUAUUAGAGGGCCAUCGCCAGGCCGAGGAUUUGAGUGUUUCUGGAUAGAAGAUGAGCAUCAAAAGCAUCGCUCAGGUGACUUAAGGGCCACAAAGGACUCAUUUCAAGGUUCCCGAUACUAAAUAAUACAUUACAAAAUGAGAAAAUUGAAUGAAAUGGAUGCUUCUGGAUAGAAGAUGCCACAAAGAACUCAAUUCAAGGUUCCAGAGACUAAUACUUUGCAAAAUGAGAAAAUUGAUUGAAAUGAGUGUUUCUGGAUCGAUGAUGGGCAUCAAAAGCAUCGCUCAGGCGACUUAAGGGCCACAAAGAACUCAAUUCAAGGUUUCCGAGAAUAAAUAAUACAUUGCAAAAUGAGAAAAUUGGCUGAAAUGAGUGUUUUUGGAUAGAAGAUGCCACAAAGAAAUCAUUUCAAGGUUCCAGAGACUAAUACUUUGCAAAAUGAGAAAAUUGAUUGAAAUGAGUGUUUCUGGAUCGAUGAUAGGUAUCAAAAGCAUCACUUAGGUGACUUAAGGGCCACAAAAAACUCAAUUCAAGGUUCUAGAUAUGAAAUAAUACAUUGCAAAAUGAGAAAAUUUGACUGAAAUGAGUGUUUCUGGAUAGAAGAUGAGCAUCAAAAGCAUCAUUUGGGUGACUUAAGGGCCACAAAGAACUAAUUUCCAAGAUUCCCGAGAAUAAAUAAUACAUUGCAAAAUGAGAUCACUGACUGAAAUGUUUCUGGAUAGAUGGGUAUCAAAAGCAUUACUCAAGUGAUUUAAGGGCCACAAAGAGCUCAUUUCAAGGUUUUUGAGACUAAGUAAGAUAUUGCAAAAUGAGAAACUUGACUGAAAUGAUUGUUUCUGGAUAGAUGGGUAUCAGAAGCAUCGCUCAGAUGACUUAAAGGCCACAAAGAGCUCAUUUCAAGGUUUUCAAGACUAAGUAAGAUAUUGCAAGAUGAGAAACUUGACUGAAAUGAUUGUUUCUGGAUAGAUGGGUAUCAGAAGCAUUGCUCAUGUGAUUUAAGGGCCAGAAAGAGCUCAUUUCAAGGUUCCCGAGACUGAAUAAUACAUUGCAAAAUAAGAAAACUGACUGAAAUGAGUGUUUCUAGAUAGAAGAAACUAAAUAAUAUAUUACAAAAUGAGAAAAUUGACUGGAUAGUGUGUUUCUGGAUAGAAGAUGCGUAUCAAAAGCAUCGCUCAGGAGACUUAAGUGCCACAAAGAACUAAUUUCAAGGUUCCUGAGAAUAAAUAAUACAUUUCAAAAUGAGAA